AUGAAUAAUAAAAAUCCCACGAGCAUUCAAUCUGAUGUAAAUGCCGAGAUUUACGACAUUCCAAUGAAUGUACUUAUCAGGCCUAUUCCUCCAAUCGUUGAUGAGGAAAAGGUACAAAGUUUAAUGGACACGUUAAAAAAUCCCGAGACGGAAUCGUUUGUACCACCAAUUGACGUUUUAUGGAUCAAAGGUAGCGAAGGUGGUGAUUAUUAUUAUUCUUUCGGUGGUUGUCAUCGAUACACAGCUCAUCAACGACUCGGUAAACCAUUCAUAAAAGCUAAACUAAUACGAUCUACAAUAAUAGAUUUAAGAUCAUACCUUGGCGGUUCUACGCCAAACUUAAAAUAA